AUGGACUACAAGAAGAUAGCGAGCGACGUUUACAAUCUUGCAGAGUCAGAUGAACCCAUAGCACCCAUUGUAAGAGAGGCCUUGCAGGUCAUUGAGCAGUGUCUGGAUCAAUAUGGGCAAGACCAUGUAUCUCUGAGUUUCAACGGCGGGAAGGAUUGCACCGUCCUACUCCAUCUGUAUGCUGCGGUUCUCACCAGAAAGGUGUUAUCCACGCAUAAGCCUAUAUUCGCAUUAUACAUUCCAGACCCAUCACCAUUCCUUGUACUGGAGGAAUUUAUCAAGAUAGCUACGCAAGACUACCACCUCGAUCUUUUCACAUGCAACCUAUCCUCGGACAUUCAGUUGCCUGUAGAAAGUGUGACGCCCGGUGUGUCGACCCCGACAUCGCUCAAGGGGAGCAAUGACUACAUAGGACAUAGCCUCCAGACUCGGCCUGUAGGAGCUGCUAGGGGUGGCGAAGGGAUGCGGCGAGCCCUGGAGUUGUACAAAUCACGUUUCCCAGAUGUUCAAGCGAUUUUGAAUGUAACGGAUCCGGGAUGGCCCGCCUUCGAACGAAUAAACCCAAUCAUCAAUUGGGCAUACUCAGAUGUCUGGACAUUCCUAAGGAAACUCAAUGUUCCGUACUGCACAUUGUACGACGAAGGUUACACGUCUCUGGGAUCCACAUAUAAUACAUUCCCAAAUCCAGCCCUACUUGUAACGGAUUCUGAUUCGUCCAACACUCUUCCUUCUUCACUUACAACUGUGGUGAACAAUCCAAAUGCCAUGUGUUUUAUUGAACCAACUCCACCGAAGUCGUUUAUGAAUGGCUUUGGUCCUUUUACGAUCAUUGCCAAUAACCCCGAUCAGACAUGCUUUGCCGACCCUGUCUUGAUUUGAGGAAGUCAGAGUCACUUAGGAGCUCUACCGAAACACUAGGACCUUUCAAGGUCCUGGCUAGCGAUCCAAAUACUCAAUGCCACGCCGAGGUUAAUAACAGGAGUGCCAAUGGUGUCAGCCUCCCACCGCGUUAUCGGCCCGCGUAUGAGCUACAGGACGGAGCCCUUGAGCGUGCUGGGCGAGUUUCAGGUGCUAUUCCACCUGUGAUACCAGAGAUCUGAUUAUUGUUAUCUGAUACGGACGAUGUG